UUUCUGCUUUCAUUUCCGGUCUAGUUAUGUUUACCUCAUUGACUUCACCUGUUACCUGCCGCCGGAUCACUUGAGAGUCCCAAUUUCCCAUUUGAUCGAACACUUUGAAAUAUGCAGAAGAUUCACCAGUGAGAGUAAAAGCUUCCUGGAAAGGGCCGGCAAAAGAUCAGGCAUUGGCAGUGAAGCUUGUAUGCCUACUGCUUUGCAUCAGGUCCCACCCGCUACCUCUUUGAAACUUGCUAGAGACGAAAUUGAAACAGUUCUUUUCACAGCUGUGGGAGAUCUUCUUUCCAGACACCGCAUAAAUCCUAAAAACAUUGACAUUCUAGUGUCAAAUUGCAGCCUCUUCUGCCCAACACCAUCCAUCACUGCUGCAAUCAUAAACAAGUUUGGAUUCCGAAGCAAUGUCAAAAGCAUCAGCUUGAGUGGAAUGGGUUGCAGUGCAGGAAUCCUUUCUAUAAAUUUGGCAAAAGAUCUUCUGAAAGUCCACAAGAACUCAUUAGCAUUGGUUCUUAGUAUGGAAGCGGUAAAUCCCAAUGGCUACUGUGGGCAGGUCAAGUCCAUGCUCUUAGCCAAUGUUCUAUUCAGGAUGGGAGGAGCUGCCAUUCUAUUAUCCAACAGGAAUCAAGACAAAUGGACCGCCAAAUAUAAGCUUCAACACUUAGUCCGAACCCACAUGGGAUCUGAUGAUGAAUCGUACCUGUCUGUUAUCCAAGAACAGGAUGAAGAUGGGUUAGUUGGGGUGUCACUGUCGAGGGAUCUGUUAAAGGUGGCAGCCAAUGCCUUGAGAACCAACAUAUCAGUACUAGGUCCACACGUCCUGCCAUACUCUGAACAGUUCAGCUAUGGAUGGUCAGUGUUAUGCCGGAGUAUUUGGCCUCCAUCAAGACUGAAGGGAAUAUACGUGCCAGAUUUCAGAAGGGCUUUCGAGCACUUCUGCAUACAUGCGGGAGGAAGGGCCGUCAUUGAUGCUGUGGAGGAAAAUCUCAGGCUGCAGAAGGAAGAUGGAGAAGCUUCGAGGAUGACAUUAUAUAGAUUUGGUAACACAUCAUCUUCAUCAGUUUGGUAUGAACUUUGCUAUCUGGAAGCAAAAGGGAAGGUGAAGAAGGGAGACAGAAUAUGGCAGAUUGCAUUUGGCAGCGGCUUUAAGUGCAACAGCGCAGUUUGGAAGUGCAUUACAGAUCUUAAAACAACCAAAAUAAAUGCCUGGUCCGAUAGGAUCCAUUUGUACCCCGUGGAAGUCCCAAAAGAGUUCUAA